CUAUACAGAAAAAAGGUGUUUUUUUCACUAUGGUUGGCAGUUUCACUAUUUUCUUUGGUGAGUAAUCAUUUUUAAUAAAUCUUUUGAAAUUUUUAUAAUUUUGAUCAGAUUGAACAAGCAAUAAUGAGUUAUCUAUAUUUAUUUGUCAAAAUUUACCCAAGUCAAAAUUGUAAAUGACUACAAAUAUAUUUUUCAGCAAUAAAUAUAAAUGUUUUCCUGAUUUGUUAUUUAUAUUUAAUAAAGAACUGAAAUAAAACAUUUACAUUAAUUAAUUGUCAUGUUUGAAUGUUUCAGGGUGUCACCAUAGGACAAAUGGGACCAACGUUUUUGGAUCUACAAAUCAUUACUAACACAAAUGUAGAAGAAGCAUCUGCAUUUUUUACUGGGACAUCAAUUGGUUAUUUGACUGGUUCCAUAAUAAGUGGAGCAAUUUAUAAUAAAGUAAGUGGUUUAUUCUUUAUCAUUAUUUGUUUGUCCACUCUAUUUUUGUUUUUGUUUUGAUAAAAUAAACAGAAAAUGUUUUAUCUCUUGCCAAGAAAAGUAGCCGCUUUUAUGAUUUAGAUGGUUGAAAUUGACAUUUUACACUGAACUUGCCAAGCUAAACAGGGUUUCUUAAUUGGGAUCCCAAGAUCUGGUAUAAUUUCAUAAUUUCAAGGCUAAACAAAAGACUUCCAGGGGAUUCUCCCAUUCCAGGAUUUCCUGGUUACAAACUUUAAGAGUACAAUUUUCUUGCUGCUCUAAAUUUACGGACUAUCACAAAUUUUCGUUUUAUGCCAGGAUCAGUAAAAAAACUAGUCAACUGCGCUGAAUUAUUGAGCUCACGAGCAGGGUUUUUAAGGGUUAUCAAGUCACGAUAAAAUUUAUAUAGAAAAAAAGUGACUCUUACCACGAUAUUUUAAAUUAAACAACCCCUAAAAACAAUUUUUUUUUUUAUACAUCCUUUAUAAGAUGUAAUAUCCAGCGGCGGGGGGGGGGGGGGGGAAAAAAAGGGGGGGGGCUAAAAAUUUGACAACACAUGCAAUCAAGUAAUGCACAUUAUAAGAAUGUACCGGUAACACACGAUAUAAGGAAACCACUUAUCCUAUGCUUAUCUGUUAAACUACCUUAAUAUUAUGUGGUGGUUUAUUUUUACUUCCAAAAUCAAAUUAUAAGACAUAUACAUAUAAUUUAUAGGCCCUAUAGAUUGCCUCUAACUCGACACAGAAAUUAUUUCCCUUCAUAGGCUUCAGCUAUAUACUUGGAUGCCCCCCACUCCCACUAUGGUGUAGAGCAGAGUUCCCCAAAUAAGUGUGCCUCACAGUGGACAUUCAGCCUGUUAGAUUUUAACAGUUGACAUAUUAUGAUUAAAAAUAAAAACAACCAUAACUGAAUAAACAAUCUCAUCCUAACAGAAGAUUAUACUUAUUGUUCUCUGUAGAUAUUCAUAUGAAUUGACACAAUCGUACUUGUGUACUUGUGAAUGGGUUUAUUUGUAAAGAGACAAAUAGAUUGGAGGGUAAGAAUGAGUGGAUCUGAACUAAUAGCUAUGCAAUCCACGAGUAUAUGUUAAUCAAAGCCACGAGUGUUACUCCUCGUGCUAUACAAGAGGCUAAAUGUGCACUGGAACCAAUGUGGAUCUGUAUCACACUGAAUGCCCUUUAGCGUGGACAGAUAGAACUCCAUGAGUCUGAUGAUGCAUACUUCCUGGUAUGCUUUGGUUAUCAACAGUACUGAAAACACACGAACCGUGGCGCGUCAUUUGGUGAAAAGAUGGGGGGGGGGGGGGGGCAAAAAAAGGUUUUUUUCAAUACAAUAAAUACAAUGUCUAGUCCUGAAAUAUCAAUCCAUCAGGUAGCACAUACGGUACUGACUUACGUUUUUGUCAAUAGGAAUUCAUAAUACAAAUCAACUUGUGGAGCAAAUGUACCGGUACAAUUCGAGUAUGUAAUAAGCCACUGUACUUCUAUUAUAAAAAAGCUUUUUUAUCCCUUAGUUACAGAUCCAAUAUUUCAAAUUGCUUAUUAAUUAUACAAAUAUAUCCGGUGUUUUUGUGUUUUUUUUAUCCGUGGCUUGCACAGGCUGACAAUUUGAGAUUUUUGUUCCUUUUGGUGUUUGGGGUGAUAUUUAGCCUCUUCAAAAGGAAAUAUGCCUAUGUUUACUUAUCUAAAGAGGGUGCACAGUUGUUAGUGUACGUCCUUAAUAGCAAAACAAAUAUAUUCAUAUUAUUAGCUUUAUUCUAAAACAUUGAAUCUUGAGGCCUUAACGGAUUUCGAAAUUGACUUUCAAGAUCAAAUCUUACUGGCAUCAGCAUGAAGACCAUUGCCAUUAUUUUAUAGCUCAUCUAUGUAAAAAUUGGGAGGAAGCAUUAAACCUUUUUCAUGUGCUUUGGUGAGAUGUGGGGCAAAAUUUCCGUGGGUCAGGGUCACCAUCCGUCCACAAAUGUAUGGGAAGUCCCUUAGAAAUCUGACAUAAAAUAGGAUACCUAUACCGGGUAGUUAAUUUUUAUAAUCGACACCAUAUUGACUGCUGUCUUAUAAUGAAAUAUAUGGUUGCCUUGAAAAUGGAAAACAUGGACAGAAGAUUUUAGGCCACCCGAAACAAAAAAGAAGUGUUUCCAAAAUCAUGGAUUAGAUGGACACAUAAAAAAAUAAUAUUUUUUUAAAAACAUUUUACUGUAAAAAUAUUUUCAAACGACAUAAUUAAUGGAUUCAGUGUUGUUAGGCAAUAGCAAUAUGGCUCUGGCACAGGAGAAGAUGUAACAUGGAAAAGGGGGAGGUCAGAAAAUCUAAGGAGUGGAGCCUGACAGGCAGGGCCGUCUUGACAACAUAGGAGGCCCUGGGCACUGCAAUGCACUGGGGCCCCCUGGCCCCUAGCAACACAACAAACCUGGGCCGUUGGAAGGGGGGCACUCGCCCGCCCAAUGCUCAUACUCAUACAGUGGGAAGGGGGGUGGGGCAGUUCCUGCUCCCCACCAACUCACCAAGAAGAGUAAAAAUGUAAAAUAAAAAUAAACAUUCAAUCAAUAAAGUUAAGUUCGAUGAAUUCAAUUUAUUGAUAAAAAAAAACAAAGUCAUUUAAAAUCAAUAAUAAUAAUUUUAAACAUUAUCUGAUAAAUUAUCAUUAUUGACAGAUAGAUAGAAUACAUUAUUUAAUAUAAAUCAACAUAUUCGUUUGCGUAAUUUUUUUGCAGAGAAUUGUUUUAUUAUUGGUUUAAAGUCAAUGGUCUUAAGGGUGUCAUUUUCCAUGAACAUAAGUGAAAGCCAGUCCCAUUGUACUGCGAAGCUGAUUCUUACCUUAAUCUUUUUCGAUUCAUAUCUGGGAAAACUAAGACUUGUUGACGAGAGUUAUACCCCUUUAAAGGUUUUAAAACUGUCCAACUUUAAUUCGCAUUUAUAAUAUUAAUUUUGGAACGUGCUGAUAUAUAUUGUGGGUUAAAAUUGGGAAAUUAAAAACGUUUAAUCCAGUUAAAUUGUCAAAAUCUUUCAAUAUUCAUUAAAAAUAUGAAAAGCAUGAUGCUUCUUUAAGAGUGAGUCUCCUAGAAACGUGGGGCCCCCUACAAGCAUGGGGCCCUGGGCCAGUGCCCACUGGGCCCAUGCCUUAAGACGGCACUGCUGACAGGUAGCAGUAAUUCAUGCCCCAUCAGCACAGGAACCAUUCGGGAACAUGAAUUGACAAGAAAUCUGAUACGAUCUUCGCCUUUUUUUCCUAGACAGGUAGUCUAGCCAGGUAUGUGUGUCCAUCCUGUAUAUUGUGAGGUUGGAAAAAGUCCCCGGUAUUCAGAUAUCGGAGUAUGAGAUAUAUGUGAGUAGAGAAAGCAGGAUACGAGCUGUGUUUUAUAUGUAGUGUGUGCCAUCCAGUCAUGGAGGAAGUUUGAAAGAGAGGAACAAUGCUUGAACAGUAUACCUAAUAAUGCGUGGCCAAAUUAAUUCUGUGUGACGUAUGUUUCUUCCGAUGAUGGAAAUAUUGUCGCAAAAUUUUGACCAUGUUCUUGCGGAACCCUACAUCAGUCAAGCUGGACUCUCUGUAGUGAGCAGCAUCAGCUCCAAAAAAACGUAGCGCUUUUUCUGGUGAACAUUUAGAAAAUGGGGACAGGAGCUACUGAAAACUAUCUCAAUUUUUUUUUUUAAAUUACAACAAUUAAAAGCAAAAUAUCUCACCAAAGGAGCGCUACAGUUUUUAUUGGCUAUAUUCAUGCUCUUGAUGAGACGAUUAUGCUAUUGGAUAUGUGUUUCUUUAUUCAUAAGGCAACUAUUUUUGCAAGUAUUAAUAAUGUUAACAAUUUUCCAAGACGUAAAAUGAGUUCUUACUUUUGAGAUAUCAUGAGCGACCCUCGGCUUAGGGAAGAAAAAAAAAUAGCUGGUCCACGGAGUCAAAAACGUUGGACAGCACUGCUCUAAAUUCUAUCACUACGGGCAUAGCUAAAUUGAUCUGUGUCUCCAUGGCUGCACGUGAGAAGAGCUUUUCACAACAAUCUGUAAGACCUGUAUGCGACCUAAAAAAAUAGUCAAGACUUGAAGAUCAUACAGUUUUAUGAAUUGAUCGUAUCAUCAUGAAGGGUGUUCGUUUUUAAAAUGCGAUUGACAAGUUUGCAGCCUUAAAAGCAACGAAGGGAAAGUUGUACCAGUACAUUUUAGUGUUAAAUUAUCAAAAUAUAAGUAGCAAUUUUUGAAUGAUCUGUGUAUGGCUGUUUGAGAUCAUUUAUUAUAAAUUUCUUGUCUUCAAAUUGUUUUAUUUAUGUGCUGAAGAUGUAUAAUGCAAUCAAAAAACAUUUCCAUUUAUUUUGGAUCAAUAAAAGAAUCUUAUCUUAUCUUAUCUUAUGGUUUCUCAAGCUAGAGCCUGCAUGAUUUUAAGGUAACAAAUGACUUCCCGGGAAAUCCUCACAUCCCGGGUGCAAACUUUCAUAAUGUAAUUUCUUUUAAUUGUUUUUUAUUUCUUUCUUUGUAUUUAAGCAAGUCAAGGUGUAUCUUUUAGACCUCUCGGGGUCAAGUGCCCCCCCCCCCACCCGAGAAAAAUAUGUGCAACAAAAAAGCGAAAAUACAAUAUAUUUUUUGUAACUUAAACCUAAUUUUCCCAAGCUAGAUGCCCUGUUUCCCUGACAUACCCUGAUAUACCCACUCCCUGUGUCAAUUUUUCUAACAGAAAAACUGCAUUCGGGUACACUGCACCCUUUGAUUUUGAAUUUAUCAAAAAUUCCCCAGACCCCUCUCCAUUUUCGUUUGGUAGCUGUCCGAGUCCUCACUUUCUGCCCGCUUAACCUUAUCUAAAUAACAGUUUCCUCACUGGAUGAUUGUGAUUAAGAUGAUUGACUUGAACUGAAGAAUAUUAAUAUAUUAUUUUCCUUUUAUUUUGUUUAUAUUUUUGGGCUAUAUAGAUUCAAGGGAUAAAACUUAAACGGAGCCAAAUGCAUACCAACAACUAAACUGAAUUUAGUUAAUGUUGGUGGAGGGAUGGAGUUAUAACUCAUCCUGGUCACCGCUUGCCCAUUUGCGUAGCUAGGGUAGGUGCCAUACUCAGGGCAAACCCUAGUUAUUAAUUUAUUCUUCAGUGCAACAAAUGGAAGCCUACUAAUAACAUCACAUUGGAGAUGGCGUCAGUGGGUUGUCGAGCGCGAGCUCUUAAUAACCCCCCCCCCCGCCUGGGGGACGUCCGGUCGACUGAAAACGCCGCGUUUAAAGCGUUCGCGGUCCACUCUUCUGGGUCUGAACGCCUUUAGUUCCUCUCCGGGGGAAAGGUGUUGCGUUACCUUCCCCAGCGCCCAGAGAGUUGUCCGGUCGAGACCUCAGCGGGGAUGAAACGAUCGCCUAGGAGCGGCUUUCUCAGGGCCACGAAGCUAAAAUCAUCGGCAAGGGUUUUGACCGACACCCAGACCUCAUAUCCAUUAUCGGCAACAAGUAAUCAUGUUAUUGCGUUCCUCCCGUUGUGUUGGGAGUCAUGCAGUGGCCGGGGUUUUUUAGCUUCGGGAGGAAACCUCCCAACUAGUCUGCCACGCCACGAAGAGGUGAAACCCCUUGUGGACGCCCCAAAGUUUACUUGGAGACGCUCCGCUUCCGUGGACAGGGAAGCCUACUACACAACAGUAUUACCUACUGAGAUGUGGAAAUUCAUCGCCUGACAUCACACCAGUGUUUCGUUCAGAAAUUUUUCCCCGGGAGGGCACGUCAGAUUUUCGGGGGGGGGGGGGGAAGGAGGGGNUCGAUACACACACCAAUAAACACCCCGAUCCACACACCAGGAACACUUCGACCCACACACCAACGAACACCCCGACCCACACAUCAAAAAACACCCCAAACAACACACCAACAAACACCCCGACCCAUACACCAAUACUCACCUCGACCCACACACCAACGAACACUUCGACCCACACACCAACGAAACCCCCAAGCCAACACACAUGAGAACCUUUCAAUUCCGCUGGAAAACAGAUGAUGUAUUUGUGUUUCCCCCUCUCCCCCCAGUUUCAAGACGCGACUGUCCGGCAAGACUCCCUUCCAGGUCAAACUCAUGUUUGCUGACGAGCGUUACACAUCACUUACUAAUUAUUGUCACUAAGACUAAGGUAGCGGUAGUUAUUUUAAAUUAUUUUUUUUUUUGGUGGCAUAAUAAUAUGAAUUAUGAUCGCGGAUUUUUACGCUAGAUAACGGUUUAUACUUUAGAUGUCUUGUGUUUAGAUUGUUCUGAUUGUAAAAUGUUGUCUUGAUCAAAAUAUGUAUUUAUUUAUCUGCUGAAAAUGAACAUGUACAUUGUAAUCAAAAAGCAUUUCCAUUUAUUUGGAUCAAUAUAUCAAUAAAAGAAUUUUAUUUUUAAAGAUCUUAUCAACGUCGGCGAAACGGCAUCAGCGAAAUGGCCGUGGUAAAUCAUUAUAGAUCCCAUGUCGAUUAUAACUUAUAAGGAAUUGAAUAUAAAUCAACUGACGAUAAGAUUAUUUAUUUGAUUUAAUUUAUAUUAUGUACAUUUAAAUUAGUAAUAAUUUUUGUGUGUAUUAUUUUCAAGAUAAUCAUAUUGAUUUAUUUAUUAGGUAAACAAGCCACUCCUUGAAUUCACUACACUACUUUUAUUGGGAGUAUUCACAACAGCUACUCCUCACUGCAGCAACUAUCCGUUAAUGAUCAUUUUACGAACAGCUGUUGGAACUUGUUGCGGCUGUGUAGACACAAGUAAGUUUCUUGAAAUUUAUUAAUCCAAUAUUUUUUUGUUCAAAUUCAAUUGUUUAACGUAAAAUGUCUAGAUUUUGAGAAUUAGUACCAUUAAUCGUUAACCUUAAAUUUAUAAUCAAUAAGUAAUGUUGAACUUAGUUGUUCAGCCCAGGUUUUCAAACAAUUCAUGACACACAAAUCAUAAAAUUGUUCAAAAAGCCAAAUUGCUUGAUUUACAGGAAAAAUAAGAAAUUCUUACUGGCUAAAAUGUUAAUGGUUUAGUUUUUAAUAAUGUAUGUAGCCAUUGGUGGCAUUAAUCCAAAAUUUCCAGGAAGCAGUUUUAAAAAAAGAAAGUAAUGUCUAAGACAAACUGUCACAAACUAGGGGUUCGACCUUGAGUUAAAUUAUUUUCAAAUACCGGUACGGUAAUUCAACUAAUGUUUGGCCAAACUUUUUAGAUUUUUAAUAGUAUUAAUAGCAUACCAUAAAAAUAGUAUAAUUAAAUUAAUGGUUAUCUUAUUCGACUUAUCAUUAGAGAGUACAUUAAUGUAUAGUUAAGUCACGGUGUUCCUGCGGUAGGUCAAUACUUUACCUCCAACCUUAAAUAGCAGACUGACUGAUGAUAUUACCCUAUUAAUUUUUCAGCCAGUAUUGCAGAGCAUAUGAGGAUCUGGGGAAAUGAAGGUCAAGCCUUAAUGCAGCUACUUCAUUUUGCAUUAGCAUUAGGAGGAGUUAUUUCCCCUUUGUAUUCAGAGCCAUUCCUUGCUGAGAAGAGUCUUGAAAAUGACACAACUACUGCAAUUCUAAAUGAGACUCUAAGUUUAAAUUACACAAAUAUGUCAGAAAAUACACUUCCUCAAACUACUAAUGUGCACUGGGCUUUCCUAAUCACAGGAAUAUGGACACUUCUGUCUUCAAUACCAUUUCUUGUAUUCUGGAUUCAAGGUGCCAUUAACAAAAAGAAAAAUGAAUCAAAAAAAGAAAAUAAAAAAAUAACCCAGAGAGACUUACCUAAGCCAGUUUUGAUUUUAGUUUUACUGACAUUGUGUUUUAUGUAUGUCUUGUAUUGUUGUGUUGAGGACACUUUUGCAUCUUUUCUCAUGACAUUUUUGGUAAAGGAGUAUGACUAUGUAACAAAGUCAAAAGGGGCCCAUGUUACAGCUCUUUAUUGGGCUUCGUUUGCAACAUCCCGAUUCUUAAUGAUAUUCAUUUCCAAAUUUAUUACCGCUGUUCACUUACUCUUUAUAUGUUGCACUCUCAUGCUAAUAUCUUUUUUGGGGUUUUUUUCAAGUGCAAUCUUUGCUGUUUCAAAUCCUGCUGUCAUCGACGGUCUCAUAUUUUUCUCUGUCAUGGCUGGAUUAAGCAUGUCAGCUGUAUUUCCCUCUGGCUUUUCAUGGACGGAGGCUGAAUUGCUGAAAGUGACUGGGCGUGUUUCAUCAUGUAUUCUUGUUUCUGCAUCAAUAGGCACAAUGGUUAAUCCGUUGAUGUUGGGCUAUCUUAUGACAGAGUUUAGUAACAUAUGGUUCUGUUACCUCUUGCUUGGUGAGACCAUUGCCUUGUGCUGCGUAUUUCUUUUUCUCUGGUCUUUAAAUCGAUUUAUUUUAAACAAUCGAUAU